AUGGCAAUCUUGAAAUGCUUAUACCUUAUUUGUAGCAUUAUUGUUCUAGCUGCAAUUUCGAUUCCUGUUGGUCAUAGCAGACCUUUGAAACCAAAAAAUGUCGAGGGCAUCAUAGACAUAGAGGAAACUUGCAAUCAAACUAUUGAUAAUGGUUAUUGCAUUCAACUACUUCAAGGAGACUCACUUAUCAACCAUUGGGGUCUCAGAGGCCAAGCAUUCAGGUUGCUAGAAGAAAUCACACGCAAAGCAUUUGAUGCAUUGAGAAAAGUCAAUCAACUUCUCGUUGGUAAGAUAGACGAAGCCCUGACUUCAUGCAGUGAGGAUCUUGACGCCAUUGUUGUUGUUGAUAUCCCAAAGGCCACUCAAGCUUUGAAAUCUAGAGACCUUAAGUCUGCAUUAGAAGCGGUACUUGAUGUUAGUCUUAAGCUGGACAAAUGUGAAAUUGGCUUCUAUGGGCGGCACUCACCGAUCAUCAAGGAGAGCUCUCUUCUAAAAAUAGCAAUAAAAGUGGCAAUAAAAGUCAUUAAGUUGUUGCUUAAAUUUUAA